AUGACGGACGCCAAGAUGCAGGUUGAUAACCCCCAAGAAACCGUCGAGAUGAUCAAGCAGGGGGAAAUCGACGAGUCCCUCUACAGUCGGCAAUUGUACGUUCUUGGUCACGAGGCCAUGAAGCGUAUGGGAUCGUCCAACGUUUUGGUCGUGGGUCUGAAGGGCCUGGGUGUGGAAAUUGCCAAAAACAUCGCUCUUGCCGGUGUGAAAUCCCUCACCCUUCAUGACCCUGCGCCAGUCGCUAUCGCGGACCUUUCUUCACAGUUCUUCCUCCAGGCCUCAGACGUCGGCAAGCCGCGCGCCGAAGUCACCGCCCCCAGGGUCGCCGAGUUGAACUCUUACGUUCCAGUCACUAUUCACGAAGGCCAGAAGAUUGUAGAUGAUUUGGAACAGCUUAAGCGCUACCAGGCAAUCGUUCUCACACAGGUCCCUCUGAAGGAACAACUGGUGAUUGCGGAUUUCUGUCACAAGAACGGAAUCUACCUCACGAUUACGGAUACAUUCGGUCUCUUCGGUUACCUCUUCAAUGACUUUGGAAAGAAUUUCACUGUUGGUGAUCCCACGGGUGAGGAGCCUGCCGGCGGUAUUGUUGCAGACAUCAGCGAGGAUGGCUUGGUAUCGGCGCUGGAUGAGACCCGUCAUGGACUGGAAGAUGGCGAUUUCGUCUCAUUUACUGAAGUCAAGGGAAUGGAAGGCAUUAACGACGGUGCGCCUCGCAAGAUCACCGUCAAGGGACCCUAUACGUUCGCCAUUGGCGAUGUUUCCGGCCUAGGAACAUAUCAGGGUGGCGGUCUCUUCAAUCAAGUCAAGAUGCCUAAGUUUAUUGAUUUCCAGCCACUGGAGGAGCAGCUCAAGAACCCCGAGCUUUUGAUUUCCGAUUAUGCCAAGUUCGAUCGGCCUCUGCAAAUGCACAUCGGUAUCCAGGCUCUCCACAAGUUCGCUGAGACUCAUGAUGGCCAGUUGCCUCGUCCUCACAACGACAGUGACGCCCAGGAGGUCCUCAAGCUUGCUACUGAUCUUGCUGGGGCUGGUGAAGAGAAGGUUGAACUGACUGAAAAAGUCAUCAAGGAACUCAGCUACCAAGCUCGUGGUGAUCUGAACCCUCUAGCCGCCUUCUUCGGUGGUAUCGCUGCUCAAGAGGUACUGAAAGCAGUCUCCGGCAAAUUCAGCCCUGUGCAGCAGUGGCUUUAUUUUGACUCCCUCGAGUCUUUGCCUAAAUCGGUCACUCGAUCCGAGGAGAGCUGCAAGCCCACUGGUACUCGUUACGAUGGACAAAUUGCGGUGUUCGGUAAGGAGUAUCAGGACAAGCUUGCCAAUGUCACCCAAUUCUUGGUCGGCGCCGGUGCUAUUGGUUGCGAAACUCUGAAGAACUGGGCCAUGAUCGGUCUGGGUACAGGUCCCAAGGGAAAGAUCUACGUUACCGAUAUGGACCAAAUUGAGAAGAGCAACCUGAACCGGCAAUUCCUCUUCCGUACCAAGGAUGUUGGCAGACUGAAGAGUGAAUGCGCAUCCGCGGCUGUUCAGGCCAUGAACCCGGAGUUGCAGGACAAGAUUGUGACUCUUCGUGACCGCGUGGGACCUGAUACUGAGGAAAUUUUCAACGAGAACUUCUGGAAUGGCCUGGACGGUGUGACGAACGCUUUGGAUAACGUUGAUGCACGUACAUAUGUUGAUCGCCGCUGUGUCUUCUUCCGUAAGCCAUUGCUGGAAAGUGGUACUCUCGGCACCAAGGGCAACACUCAGGUUGUUCUGCCCUUCAUCACAGAGUCCUACUCCAGCUCUCAGGAUCCUCCUGAGAAGUCGUUCCCCAUGUGCACCUUGAAAAGUUUCCCCAACCGCAUUGAGCACACAAUUGCCUGGGCACGGGAUAUUUUCCAGACCUACUUCGUUGGCCCACCGGAAUCAGUCAACAUGUACCUCUCGGAACCUGACUACAUUGAUCAAACACUCAAGCAGGCGGGUAACGAAAAGCAGACCUUGGAGCACCUCCGUGACUUCUUGGUCACCGAUAAGCCUUUGACAUUCGAUGAUUGUAUUGUCUGGGCCCGUCAGCAAUUCGAGUCCCAAUACAACAAUGCUAUCCAGCAGCUGCUCUACAACUUCCCCCGGGACUCCAAAACUUCUUCAGGUCAACCCUUCUGGUCUGGGCCUAAGCGUGCGCCUACACCAUUGAAGUUUGAUAGUCUCAACCCCACUCACCUUGGAUUUGUUAUCGCUGGUGCCAAUCUUCACGCGUUCAACUAUGGCAUUAAGAACCCUGGUGCAGACAAGGGCUAUUACCGCAAGGUUGUUGAUGAUAUGAUUAUCCCCGAGUUCACACCAAGCUCGAAUGUUAAGAUCCAGGCCAAUGAUAACGACCCUGAUCCUAAUGCCCAGCCAGCCGGAGGCUCAUCCAACGACGAGGAUGAAAUCCAGAAAUUGGUGGCCAUUCUCCCUUCGCCUAACUCGCUUGCUGGCUUCCGCUUGCAACCCGUUGAGUUUGAGAAGGACGAUGACACCAACCACCAUAUCGACUUUAUUACUGCCGCUAGCAACCUCCGUGCGGACAACUACGACAUUCCUCAGGCUGACCGACACAAGACUAAGUUCAUUGCCGGAAAGAUUAUUCCUGCCAUUGCCACCACUACCGCCUUGGUCACUGGCCUCGUCGCCCUUGAGCUUUUCAAGGUCGUUGACGGAAAUGACGACAUUGAACAAUAUAAAAAUGGCUUUGUCAACCUCGCGCUUCCAUUCUUCAGUUUCAGCGAGCCGAUUCAGAGUGAGAAGGGCAAGUACCAGGGCAAGCAAGGCGAGGUCACCAUUGACAAGCUCUGGGACCGUUUCGAAGUGGAGGACAUUCCCCUUCAGGAUUUCCUUGACUACUUUGCCGAUAAGGGUUUGGAUAUCACAAUGGUCAGCUCUGGCGUCAGCUUGUUGUAUGCCAGCUUCUACCCUCCGGCGAAGGUGAAAGAUCGUCUUCCUCUGCCUAUGAGCAAGCUUGUGGAGCAUGUUAGCAAGAAGCCUGUUCCGGAGCACCAGAAGAACAUCAUCUUCGAGGUGACUGCCGAGGACCAGACCGAGGAAGACGUCGAGGUCCCCUACGUGAUGGUCAAGCUGACUAAAUAA